UUUCCCGCCACUCGCCGUCGCUGCCGCUGCGACACCCAUGCACGUCCACGCCGCGUGGCCCGUCCUCCCCGCCGCGCCACCCAAGCUCCGCCACCAUGGCGCCCUCCGCCUCACCGUCACCUGCAACGCCGCCGCCGCCGCCGCUGUAUCGUCGUCGUCGUCGGGGAGCGACGGCGCCGGCGGUGGUAAGGCCGUCAUUGUUGGUGGCGGGCUAGCGGGCCUCGCCGCGGCGACCCACCUGGCCUCGCUGUCGGUGCCGUUCACGCUGCUCGAGGCGUCCGACAGCCUCGGCGGCCGCGUCGCCACCGACGAGGCCGAUGGGUACCGGUUCGACAGGGGGUUCCAGAUCUUCCUCACCGCCUACCCGGAGUGCCGGCGCCUCCUUGACUUCCCGGCGCUGCGUCUCCGGCCGUUCUACCCUGGGGCGCUCGUCUUCCUUGGCGCCGGUGAGCCGUUCCACCUGCUGUCCGACCCGUUCCGCCUUCCUCUGCGCUCCGUCUCCGCCAUCUUCUCCCCUGUCGGCACACUUGCCGACAAGGUCCUCGUCGGCCUCACCAGGCUCCGCGCCGCGUCCACCCCGGAUGAGGUGAUCCUCUCAUCGCCGGAGACGACCACGGCGCGGCACCUGGAGAAGCUCGGAUUCUCGCCGUCCAUCGUGGAGCGGUUCCUGCGGCCGUUCCUGGCCGGGAUAUUCUUCGACCCGGCGCUCGACACGUCCUCCCGGCUCUUCGAGCUCGUGUUCAAGCGCCUCGCCCUCGGGGACAACGCGCUGCCGGAGGCCGGCAUUGGCGCCCUCGCGUCGCAGCUCGCAGACCGCCUGCCUGAGGGCUCCGUCCGCCUCAACUCCCGCGCCGCGGCCAUCGACAAGUCCAGCGUGACGCUCGACACAGGCGAAACCGUCUCCGGCGAACUCGGCGUCAUCGUCGCCGUCGAGCAGCCGGAGGCCGAGAAGCUCCUGCCGCAGCUAUCAAACCCUUCAAAACCCAGCAAGAAGUCCGAGAGGAGCACCGUGUGCCUCUACUUCGCCGCCGACCGGGCGGCCGUCCAAGACCCCAUCCUGCUGCUCAACGGCUCGGGCAAGGGGAUCGUCAACAACAUGUUCUUCGCCACCAACGUGUCCCCAUCGUACGCGCCGGCGGGGAAGGUUCUGGUGUCCGUCUCCCUCGUCGGCUCCUUCGCCGACCGGGCGGACGCCGAUCUCGCCGACGAGGUGGUCCGCGAGCUCGGCGGGUGGUUCGGCGCGGGGGAGGUCGCGUCGUGGACGCACCUGAGGACGUACCGCAUCGGCUUCGCGCAGCCGGACCAGACGCCGCCGACGGCGCCGGCGGGGCGGGACCCGAGGGUCGGCGACGGGCUGUACGUGUGCGGCGACCACUGGUGCUCGGCCACGUUCGACGGCGCGCUGGUGUCCGGGAGGAGAGCGGCCGAGGCUCUUGCUCAGGACAGGGGAUUAUCCACAGCCUGAUCUGAUCUGAUUUUGAGUUGAGUUGACUGGGCCUCGAUUAUUUGGGCCUCUCGUUUGUAAAUGGUUUCGAUGCAACAGUGGACAUUUUUUAAUUUUGUAAAUGUUACUGCUCCGGUGCU